AACCUCAAGCAAAACAGUAUCAUUGAAUAUGGCCUCGCUGUUCAAGUCUAGUUUUCACAACAAUUUAACCUUGUUCUGUGUAUCUAGAUGCCAACAACACAUAUUUGAUUUCCAAAAGUUGUUACCCCGGUGUACAAAAAAACAGUUUAUACACACAUGUACGGGCACACAUAGUCCAGAGGAAUACCCACAGACGGCAGGCAUUGAGAAAUCAUUGUGUUCAUCAUUAGGUUUAAAAGUUAAAUACGUUUGUGGACAUUGUAAAACAAUGCACAGUGGUUUUUCUGAUGAUAAAACCUUUGUAUUCAGUUCUUCAAGAAUUGAUGAUGGUCUGCGGAAAAUAAGCCACAAAUCAUUGUCUAGUCUGAGAGGCUUUUUGGAUUUUCAUAAAAGUUGUAAUUACCUCCAGAAACAGUCUAUUGUGGGAAAUUUUUUUAUUAGAUCCUACAGGGGUCAGCAUAGACUGAGCACUGUUGAAAGUACUGACAGGGCAGGUAAAGGCCUUGAAUUUGCUGCUCAUGAUAAUAUGAGUGAAGAAAAAGAUGUAUCUUACAAUAUGUCAGUGCCAGCUUGGUCAGAUGUCAAGGAAGAAGACUUUGCUAAAAUCUUUCAAGAAGAAGGAGUGUAUGGAUUGCAACAUGAUCCAAAUGACAAAGCAGUUGUAAAGAAAGUUUCUGUUGAUGAUUUAAGCUUACCAGAGCUGUCUCGGUCAGCUUUCAACAUUGUGCCUUAUGUAGCCAGAUCUAAGACUUUGCAAAAUCUGGUCAAGAUUGGGGUCAAUUUGGACAAAGUUCAAAAGCACAAACGCAUUGCAGAGCUUUUGAUAAAAGCUAACUUUGACAAAGAUAUUUUGCCUAUGUUGAGGUUUCUGGCGUUUAUGGGUAUCCCAAAAGAGUCAAUGGGCGAUGUUUUCACCAAAAACCCCUUGCUGUUUAAGGAGAAUGUUUCUGACUUGGAGCUCAGAGUUGGGUACUUAAUUCACAAGAAAUUCAAAUUGGAGGAAGUGGUCAAAAUGGUGGUCCACUGCCCUAUUCUAUUAUUGAUGAAUUCCUAUAGGAUGGAUGAGAAGUUUGCGUUUUUACAAAAUGCAUUUCAACUAACUGAUGCUGAACUUCGAAAAGUCUCCAUUGAUUUCCCCAAGAUUUUAGUUUGGAGGAAAGAAUUAAUUGCUGAUGUACGGUUUCACAUAAAAGAAUUCCUUGGGUUCACGGAUUAUGAGCUUAAGCAAAUUUUAUUGACCUGCCCCAGGUUAUAUUUAUCUGAUAAAAAUCAGCUGUUCAAGACCUUCGACUACCUCCACAACACCAUGCAGAUAUCACACCGGCAGCUGCUGAUGUGGCCAGAUAUUCUGGACACCCGGUUGUUCAUCAUCAAAAACCGCCACCUGUUCCUGGUGUCACUGAACCGCGACCAGUACAACCCGCGGCUAGAGAACUUUGUCCCGCUGGCAGUCCUCGGCAGUUUGCCAGACGAAGAGUUUUGUAGGAAGUGGGCCAAGAGCACUGUCGAGGAGUUCUAUAACUUUUGUAAGACAAUUUAAUGGAGGUAGUUCAACAUGAUUUUUGUAAGACUAUUCUGCCUCUGAAUGACCAGCUGAAUUAAAAAAUAUAAUGCUUGGUCUGGUAAAAUAAAUGGUUAAAAAUAUCUGCUUUUAAAAUAUUCAGGAACUUGAACUAAUACAAGAUACAGGCAUUUCUCAUACUCAGCUAAAGUUUUUACAUUUACAGCCUAGACAUGUGGCCUUUUUAAUUAUUAAUCGUUUUAAAAUAAAUAUAAAAAAUAAAUAUAAAUCAAGCUGCUAUACUUAACAAAAACACCAUAAAAAUAAAUGUUGUGCAAUUUUUGCCUCCCCUGUUCAACUCAAGUUUUCUACAAAUAAUGAAUUGAUAAUUAAAUAACUGUAUAUUGGUCCCAACAACCACAUCUGGCCUGUAAUCUACACGUUGUAGAUGCCUGCUUUAUUAUUUUUUAUAUGGAUCUUUUCUUUUACUGAAAUUGCUUUUUUUUUUAACUUUAAUUUUACCUUUGAUUUA